GGUACAGGACAACAACAACCACCACGAAGCAAAACACCUUCUCUCGGGCCCCGCUACCAAGUAAACUCUCCCUAGUAUUUCUACCCCAACUUGGCAACGGUCUAGUUCAAGGAUAAGUCUAUCGUGAAGCACAUGGGUCGGAUGCAAGCACGUUAGGGCCGCAGCUGGCUCCAGCAUGAUGACACAGUCGAUCAUAAGCCUACCUUUCUCCAGCUGCGGCGUGGCCGCAUGCUAGUAUGUGCAUGAUCCCAUUACGUCCCAUUCCAGCUCUUCAACCAGUACUGCCGCGACCAUGAUGCUUAGUAUAGCAUCGAUUCUAUCCCAGAUUCCCCAGCACCCCGAGCAGAUUGACCUGCUCCAGCACACCCUCCUCUAUUUGGUGAUCAUCUUCUAUCACUCGCAAUAUCACGCCCCCAGCUAUCACGUCAAGUUCUCCAAGCAUAAACUCGUUCUCUCCCUUCACAUCGGCACAGGACUUUUCGAGGUUUUCGAAUACCGCCUCCGUCGCGUCCAGCUCGCCCAUGAUAGGAUUCUGCCCAGUGAGCUGGACGUAGUUUCCUGCCUAGUCUGGUCAGCCACCAGUCUUCAGCUGGUUAAGACACUUCGUCGCGGCGAUCCCCAGACAACGCGCCCUCCCUACCAAGCAGGAGCCAUUCUGCGCCCCGUCGUAUGUGUGCUCGCCUACCUGCUGCAGAGCCCCGACCUGCAUCGGCUCUCAAUUUAUGCGCUGGACAGCUUCGUCUAUGCACGCGUCUUCAUCUUCUUCUUCCAUUAUACCCCCUAUCUGCGGCCUAGACCUGAUGAGCAGGCAAAGGCGUCCACAGUUGAGAAACACCUGGUGACGGGGUUGCAGAGGCUGGGGUUCGCUGAGUUACAGGAGCUCCGAAGGGUCACAAACCAGCAGGCAUUGAAGAAGCCGCUGACGGAUGACUAUGUCUCCAGCAGUGAAGCAUCUGGUUGAGGAUGUAGAUCUUUUGACAGUCGCAGGCGUUAGUAUCCCGGAGCUAGAGGUGUGAUUGUAGAAUUCCCCCCGCAUUGUAUGGAAAUAUAUCUUCGCGGACGUCG